CUUCCAAGUGAAAGAUUUAUUCCUGCCUAAAUGGGCCAAAAUUUUUAAUUAAUUAAUAUUACAAUAUUCAAUGGCAAUUAAUAGUGCAAUUGGUAGUAUAUUUAGAUUAUUUUUUUUUUAUUUAUAUCCAAAGUAAACUUUUUAUUUAGGCACCGAACUAUUUUAAGCAAAUACACCAACUCGCUUUAGUCAUAAACAACACCAAUUUUUAAGAGCAUCACCAACUCAUUUUAACUCAAAAUCAUGCUAUUCUUUUCACAUAAACUUUCUAUUUUUCUUUUUGUCUCUCCCUAUUUAACUUCUCCACCUUUCACUUCAUUAAUUUCAAUGCAUUUUUGUGGGUUGAGAUGGGUGGUUAUUCUGGUGUAGGUGGUGGAAAUGUUGAUGGGUCUAAUGAGAAUGCCAAUGUUUACUUCAUUGAUUCAUUUCCUGCUUGUGUUAAGGAGUUAUUUGCAGGUGCCAUUGCCAGUGCCAUUGCAAAGACCACCACUGCUCCCCUUGAAAGAAUCAAAAUACUCUUGCAGACAAGAAGAGAAGGCUAUCACUCUAUCCGGGUCUACGAAUCGCUGAAGAAGUUAGUGAAGCAUGAAGGUGUUAAAGGCCUCUAUAAAGGAAAUGCUGCUGCUGUCCUCCGAAUCGUUCCCUUUUCAGCAUUACAUUACAUGACGUACGAGCAAUAUCGAUCUUGGCUCGUGAACAAUUGCCCUUCCCUUGGAAAAGGACCUGUUAUUGAUCUUUUAGCAGGUUCUGCAUCUGGUGGAACAGCAGUAUUAUGCACAUAUCCCCUGGAUUUAGCGCGAACAAAGCUUGCAUACCAGGUGGUAGAACAGAGAAGCAGCAAUGGCACAAAUGCUGUAAUUGGGAUUCAAGAUGCUUUGAGGAGUGUAUACAGGAAAGGUGGAGUGACUGCUUUUUAUAGUGGUUUAGGUCCUACACUUGUGGGAAUUCUUCCCUAUGCUGGCUUGACAUUAUACGCGUACGAGGAGCUCAAGCAGCGGAUUCCUGAAGAUUGUCAGAAUUCUAUAGGAAUUCGUCUUUCCUGCGGAGCUUUUGCUCGUUUAUUUGGGCAGACCAUCACAUAUCCAUUGGAUGUUGUUGGUUUAUUUGGGAAUGCAGGUACUAAAUGUGAACUAAAACCAUAUAAUGUUGAAUACCUGCAAAGGGGUGAUUUCAGGUACAAGAACACUGUGGAGGCAUUAAGCGGCAUCAUCCGGUUUCAUGGAUGGAGACAAUUGUAUGCAGGCUUAACCAUUAACUAUUUGAAGGUUGUUCCAUCCGUAGCAAUUGGGUUCACAACCUAUGACAUAAUGAAGUAUUGGCUACAUAUCGCUGGACAAUGAAGU